UUGCCAAAAUUUGAACAUCUGUUUAUAUUUUAAAAAAAAUAUUUUAUAAAUAAAUUCAAGCAAAUGUAAUAUUUUGAAAAUAAAUCGGAGCAACUCUAGAUUGAGAUCUUUAUUAUUAAAAUUUUAAUAUUGCUUUAACAAAGUUUAUAGAAACUUAACAAAUAUGCUUUAAGAAUGUCCCUCCAAAUGCUCACUAUUUACUAAAUAUUUCCAGUAUAUAAAAAUAUAAUUUACAUUGUAAUAUGGCGAUUGUAUUGAUUUAUAUUUUAUCAGUGAAAAAUUAUUUACAAAAUUCAUAGUUAUAACAUUCAAAUACUUAGAAUAUUCUGUAAUUAUUAAGUGAAUAUUUGCAACGGUUUUAAUAUGAUAAUACACUUCAUAUUUUAUUUAUAAAAUCUAUCAUUAAAAUUUUAACUCAGUUAUUUAUCAAACCAAACCGAAUUGAAUUCAAAAUUUUAUCGGGUUCUACAUAUUGCUAUAUGAACCAAACCAAAAACCAAAACUAAACUCAAAUUGAUAAAUAGCUGAACCGUUUUCUUGAACCGAAAAACCAAAAACCAUAACUGAACUGGAAUCAAAUCAAAACAAAACAAAAAAACUGGAGCCGAGCCAAAAACCGAAAGCCGGAGCAAACAGAAGAGUUAGUAAAUUUACCAAUAAAAUAUGAAAUCUAGUAAUGUUGUUUAAUCCACUAAUGGACCUUCUAUAAUAUGAAAUCUAUAUAUUUUACAAACGUUGAGUGUAAAAACAAAAUAAUGUAUUUUUUGUAUUGACUAGCAAAUAUUUUGACUCACAACGUUCAGUUAGGAAAUUAAUUAAUGAUAUUUUGAAUAGUAUCUUAUAAAUUAAAGUUUAUCUAAGCUUUCAUUUCAAUUAACAAACAAAAUAUUACUACAUUCUUUUUUAUUGUAGCACCUAAGAAAACAAAUUAUGGCAACUAAUUUAACUAUUAGAUAUUUUUUUGGUUAUAAAUAGGUUUAACAUUGACAUGCAAAUACAUCAACAACAACAACAAAAAAUCAAAGAAAAAAACAAUAGAAUGACUAAGUUCAUUACAGUCUGGAUUGUAUUCAGCUUUUUGUUUGCUACUCAGUUUUCCAAUGCAAAUGAAUUAGAAAAUUCAUCAGAGUCUAUCCACACGGAAGGAGGAGAGGGUUCUGUAAAAAUUGGGGAUUGUCCGGCGGCAUGUGAUGUUCGAUGUUCAGCGACAUCCCACAAGAGUGCUUGUUUGAUGUAUUGCAACCAAUGUUGUAAGAAAUGUUUGUGUGUACCAUCAGGAACAUACGGAAAUAAAGAAGAAUGUCCUUGCUAUAACAACUGGAAGACCCAAGAAGGUGGACCAAAAUGUCCAUAAUUGUCAAAAUAUAAAAAGAGAAAACAAUUUUAUAUCAAGUUAUGUAAAUUUUAUGGUUAUUAUUACUUAUGAAAUAAAUUGAAAGUUUUAUUUAAUUA